AUGCAGAAGCGUUCCAGGGCCCAUUGUGCUGUCUCGGCAGUCCUCCCGUGCUCAGCAGUGGCCGGAUUCAGCCCUCUGCAGAGCACAGGAGCUUUCCCCAAGCACCACGUGGCCUUUGGGUCAACCCAAAGUUUUCUGGCCCCAUCGCAAAGCCAGCUGCCAACAGAUGCUGUGAUCAGGGUCAACAAAGGCGUAUUACACAAUGCGGUCGCCACCUCAAUGGCAGAAAGCAAUGCCCUCCAAGGAGCAAUGAGAGACUUGCCCAUUGGCAACGGAGGUGGUGGUGAUAGUGGUCUGCUAGGAGGCCUCCUUGGUGGCGGAGGUGGAGGAGGCUUACUUGGGGGUAUUACCGGUGGUUUACUUGGAGGUGGUGGUGGUGGUGGAGGAGGAGGAGGAGGAGGACUUCUUGGUGGAGUGACCGGAGGUUUGCUUGGUGGUGGAGGAGGUGGAGGAGGACUCCUUGGCGGGGUGACUGGAGGUUUGCUUGGAGGAGGUGCUGGAGGUGUCAAUGAAGCUUACGGUGGUGGCCUAGCAAACGGGCUUGGUGGAGGACAGCCUGGCUAUGGUGCAGCUGAUUUUCGUGGCAAUGGUGGAGGUCCUGGUGCUGGAGGCCUGCUAGGCCGCGGAGGCCUGCUGGGUGAUGGAGGUCUGCUUGGCACUGCAGGUAUUCUUGGCGGUGGCGGAGGCCUCCUUGGCAAUGGAGGCCUGCUGGGUAAUGGAGGCCUACUGGGCGGAGGUGGCGUUCUCGGCAUCCUCGGGGAAGGAGGCUUACUCAGCACAGUCCAGGGCCUCACAGGAUUAAGAAUUGUGGAGCUAACACUUCCCAGGAUCAAUCUGAGGCUCUUACCUGGAAUUGGGGUCCACCUGGAUUUAUAUACAAAGGUGGCACUCAACGGAAAGAGUCUCCUCGGGCUACUUGAUGUUGCAGUGGAAGUGAACAUUACCGCCAUUGUCCGGCUGACGAUGGAUGGCACUGGCUACCCCAAGUUGGUGAUUGACCAUUGCGAUGCCCUUCUUGGAGGCAUCAAAAUCCGGCUCCUCAGAGGCCUGCUCCCAAUUGUGGAUAAUUUGUUGGCACGAGUUCUUAACAAGCUCCUUCCGGAACUGCUUUGCCCUGUUAUAGAUGUUGUCCUGGGCCUUGUGAAUGAAGAGCUGGGACUUGUGAACUCUUUGGUCCCGCUGGGUAUCUUGGGAAGUGUCCAAUACACCGUCUCCAGCCUCCCGCUAGUCACGGGGCAUUUCCUGGAAAUCGAUUUAAAUACUGUAGUGGGGCAAGUGGCUGGGCCCCUCCUCGACUACCCGCUGGGCAAGCCAGAGGCUGUGCCGUUGCCUCCAAGGGCACCAAACGCUCCAAUGCCCCCGAUGCCCCCCAUGGCUGAUACAACGAACUCCCAGCUCGGUCUCUCGGUCAGCUUCCUCAGCUCGGUGGUGGCUGUCCUCCAGAAACAAGGUGCUCUGGACAUAGACAUCUCUGACGGGAUGUUCCCCGAACUUCCUCCCCUGACAACAUCGACUCUCGGGGCUUUGAUUCCAGCGGUGUUCCAGAUGUUCCCAGAGCCGCGAUCUCUAAUUCUGAAGGUGGCUGUCCCUGAGGUGCCCACAGUGAAGCUGCAGAAAGACAAGGGCCUCAUUCACCUCAUGGCAACUUCUGAAGUGCUGGCCUCCAAGCCAAACGACGCUCAUCAGUCCCUCUGUGUCCUCAACAUUGACACUUCUUUGCUGGCCAAGUUUUCUGUCGAAGACAACAAGCUGAAGAUCAGCGUCGAGCUUGACAAAACCCACCUCACCUUGGCAUCUUCAAACCUUGGGAAAUUUGAUGUUUCGCUCAUGGAAGGACUGGUUGGCAAGAUUUUUGAUGUUGCAUUCCUUCCAGCAAUGAACAGUGUGUUAGGAGGGGGGGUCCCUCUUCCCAAACUGCUGGACAUCGACUUCAAUAAUGCGGAUAUUGAUGUCAUUGAAGAUCUGCUUGUGCUGUCCGCGUGA